AUGGUGUCCGAUAAACCUGACUCUCAAGAUGCCAUCACGGCCAUCAACAGCCCCAAACCCGCCAACGACAACACCACUGACGGUCAUGCUACUAGGACGAAGGGUGCCAACGAAAUAAUUCGUGAAAAAGCAGCCCAGUUCCUGGCCAACACAGACCAAGACCGCUCAUUUACUCUGGAAGAAGAGAAAGCAGUUCUCAGACGAAUCGACCGCCGCCUUCUCCCUCUGCUCCUCGGAGCAUACUUCUUCCAGCAGCUGGACAAGUCUUCUUUGUCGUAUGUAUCCAUAUUUGGAAUCGUCGAAGAUGCAAACCUCCAUGGUCAGCAGUACUCCUGGCUAGGAUCGAUCCUCUACCUGGCUCAGCUAGUGAUGCAGCCUGUCGCAGCAUUCCUUCUAGUCAAGGCACCCACGGGAAAACUCAUUGGAAGUGCCGUUCUUCUCUGGGGGAGUUCGCUCGCGAUCAUGGCAGCCUGCACGGAUUUCCCAAGCUUGUUGGGGCUGCGAUUCACAUUAGGGGCCUUCGAGGCCAUGAUCGGUUGGCAGUCUAUUCACGUACGGACUCGGCCAUUUCCACAGCAACACGCUAUCAUCUUCAUGUUUUGUGGGCUUCUCACCGUCGCAUUCUCCUUUGCAGUCCUCUUCCUCAUGCCCGAUUCACCCAUGGAAGCGAAAUAUCUCAACGACCGCGAAAAGGUCAUCGCGGUCGAGCGACUGCGCGCCAAUCAGAUGGGCAUCAUCUCCCGCGAGUGGCGUUGGGAUCAUGUCUGGGAGACGCUGUACGAUCUCAAGACCUGGUGCUGGUUUUCCCUGAUCGUGACUAUCUCGAUCCCCAGCGGCGGUAUCAGCACCUUUGGUAACCUCAUCAUCAAGUCAUUCGGUUAUAACAGCUUCGAGACCAUCCUUUUCAAUAUCCCCUUCGGCGUGAUUCAAAUCAUCGCCAUCAUCGGCGGAGGCUGGUUGGCCACUCGGUUCCAGCGGAAGGGGCUGGUCAUCGUUGGAUUUGCGAUAGUUGCUGCGAUUGGGACAUUGUUGAUGAUUGUGGUGCCUCGCGACCAAAAGGGUGUCCUGUUGUUUGGUUUUUAUCUGGUUUGUGUGCCCUACAAUCCCGGUCAUCGGCCCUCAACUGUAUUCCACGGACCAGGCACCGCUCUACCGACCUGGUCUGAUCUCAAACUUGAUUUUGUUUGUGUUGGUGGGUGUGUUCGCAAUGUAAGUGUCCAUAUCUUGCCUGACUUUCUGGAUUGGCAUACUUACGACUCAACCGACAGCAUCACCAAUCUGUAUCUUGUGUACCUGAAUAAGAAACAUGCUAAAAAGAGACGAGAGAUGGGCAAGUCGGCUCAGAUCGUUGACGAGUCCAUGUUGGCGAAGAAAGACCUAGGUAGCAAGGCGAUGGAGCUGGAGAAUGUUGAAAGUGCACCUGAUGACGAUCAGCUCAGUGACAAAGGCUUCGCGGAUACGACGGACCUGAAGAAUGAGGAUUUCAUCUUUGUUUAUUGA